AUGAUCAACGAACAGGAAAACGUCGGUGGCUCGGUUAGCGUAGAUGAACAGAAAGGCGGAUGGGACUGUGGAACCCUGCGUGUACCGGAAGGAGACUCAUACGGAUCAAAUACUGAACUACAGCAGCAAUCAUCCAAUAAACCACAGGGAGAGCUGAGUUUAAACCUUAUUCAAGACGAUGAAGGCACUCUACAGCACCACAGAACUGCAGAAGAGGGAAUCGGACAAACUUGGAGGAGACCAUGCACACGAAUAAAGGAACGCAACGCGACGCGGCGGAGACAUGACACCUCGUCCUUGAUAUCCAUACACGAGGAACAAGAAGGCCGAAAAUUCGAUUUGGAAAACGCAAAAAUUUUGGCAUAA